UGAACUGUUAAGCCAAUUCAAUGAAUGUAACAAACAUUAACUUUUUAAGCGGCUUUUUCACAUUUUCUUCCUAAACUCGCGUAUCACCGUGAUAUUGUAAGCAGUGUAACUCUAAGUCAGAAUAACCACCGAACAUUGUUACUGUUUGAUGUAAAUGAUUUAUCUUUGUGAAUGUACUCUUAUCUUUUUCUAUUGACAAACCAUUAUAUACUGUAGAAUAUGUAAUACACGUGGAUUACAUUAUUUUUAUACCAAAAACAAUUACCAUGUCAAUGAGAUAUUUCCUGAAGCUAUGAUGCUCAAUCCUAAAAGAAAAAGCAGCAAAAUUUAUCAUAUUUCACUAACAAAAAGAAUUAUUCGUUUUUGGACUUAUUACCAAUACCAUCUAAAUUUGUAUGAUACACAAGUAUCACACAAAUUUUUUAGAUCUAAGCUAUGAUAUGGUUUAUAUACCAGCGAAAAUAAAUUUUAAGAUCUGAAGGCUUUCUGUUAUAAACAUUCUUCGCUAAUAUCCAUAUACUGCUGUUAUCUAUCUGGAAUGCUAAGCAAAGUUAUAUACUAAAUGAAUAAAACUGAUCCAUUGUGUGUCCAGUUGUUAAAAAGUUUAAUUCUAUGCAGCGAAAAAGCUGCCGUAAUAGCCCGUACAAUUAAAAGACAAACUGGUAUCUUUCAAACACUUGUUCAAGUGAAAGAUUCAACUGAGGCUAAUUUAAGGUUCAGCGUAGAUGUCAAAACUUUGGCCGAUGUAUUAAUUCAAGAAGUUGUAAAGUACGACCUAAAUUUACUUUUUCCUGGAUUCAACAAUUCGGUGUUUGGUGAAGAAAAUAAUCGUUUUUCUGGUAGUUCCGGUAAAACAGUGACAAUUCAACUAUCUUCUAGAGAAAAUCUCGCUGAUCUUUUAGUUGAUGUUUUAGGCAACGAUUUAGAUUUUGCAAAUCAAUUAAGUGAAAUUUGUUUUCGACCGCUAGAAUCGUUUCAGACACAAUUUUCAGUGUGUAAUAUUUGGGAAGACUUGAUCUCCAAUUGUAAUUCACUAUUUAAAAUAACCGAUAUAAAAUAUUCUGAUAUUGGAACAUUUGGUGUAUGGAUCGAUCCAAUAGACUCAACAGCUGAUUAUGUUCAAGAUCAAUUUGAUAAAUUUCAUUUUACUUCAACUAAUUCAUCAUCUACUCAUUUAUCUGGUAUAGAAUUAGAUAAUCUAAAUCAAAUUAAUCAUUUUUUUGAUAAUCCAACAAGUUUAAUACGGUUCUAUCAUGGUAGUCUUAUUAAUGUUACAAUUUUAUUAGGUUUAUUUGAUUAUUCAAAUGGUUUACCAUUAAUUGGUGUUAUAAAUCAACCAUUCUAUUUAAAUAAUAUAAUCAAUUCACUUAAUAAUGAUAAUCAUUUAUCAACUGAUGAAAUAAAUUCAUUAUAUAAUUAUGGAAGAAUAUUUUGGGGUUUCAAUAUUAUUGAUUCUGGAAAUUCUUUACCUAUUACUAAAUAUUCAAAUAAUUGUUCUAAAUCAGCUUUAUUGAAUCCUUUGGAUAAUUUAAAUUUACCUAAAUAUCUACAUUUUCCAGAUAAUUUUUUUGAUGUACUUUGUCCAGAUCGUGUAUUCAAUGAAGAGAAACCAAUUUUAAAACUUGCUUGUAGUUCUGUAGAAUUUAGUCGUUUAACUAAUUUAUUCCAUAACUAUAAAGAUGCCAAUCAAGAUUUAGUCAAUGUUGUGUUUUUGUCAUCAUCCGGAGCUGGUUUUAAGCAAUUAUGUGUAAUAUUAGAUCAAGUGGACGCAUUUAUUUUAAUGGAACCAAAUACAUUUAUAUGGGAUACAUGUGGACCACAUACAAUCAUGAAUUCAUUAGGUGGUGGUAUUAUUCAAUUAAAAUAUGCAUUAAAUUCUAUUAAAUUAUUAUUAUUACAAAAACAAUUAUCAAAUAAUUACACUGUAAUCAUUCAAUUAAUAAUGAAUGAUUUACAUAAAUAUCAAAUUAAUUACAAUAUUAUAAAAUCAUCAGAAGAGAUACAAACAGUCAACUCGGUCAAUCUUUCCAAAUGUUGUAAUCGUAAUGGCUUACUAGCUUAUCGUAAUCCAUUGAUAGCUAGUCAAAUUCUUCUUCAUAUUGCAUUAAAUCAAAAAUAGAAACAUUCAACAAUAGAUUUAUACACAUAUACAUAGAGACAGGUAAAGAAGAAAAAGUUUAGUAAAGAACGGUGACACAUUUCUUUCUUUUUUUUGUUAAAUCACAAAUGAAUCAUUGUCCUUUUCAUCCAUAGAAACAGGAAGAAAAAAGAAAAAGAAGAAGAAGAAUAUAAGUAACAUAUUUCGUUUUUCUCUCAUUCCAUGUAAUAAACAAUCAUGUAUCAUUAACAUAGUGUGAUUAUGGAUUGAUUAUGGAUUAUUAUGUAAUUCAUUAUUACCUUAGUCACAAAGAGAAUAAAUUAACCAAGUAUUUAUGAUCAACGUAACUAAAUGAUGGUUAGCGUUGUGUUCUUUUUUUUCUAGCGAGUUAGUUUUCUAUGAGAUGGACUCACUAACCCCUAUGUUCAAUCCUCCUCUUUUACUUGGGAUUGGGAUCAGGAUCGGCAGUAACUUUAGAAAAGCUAUACGUAGAAUUAUAAAUGAUGAUAACUUAUCAAUAAAUCAUGAUAGAUGUUAAAUAGAAUGGAUACAAUUGAUCAUCAUUCAAUGAAUAAUGAAUCAAUAAUUUAUGAAUAUUCAAUCAAUAAUUCUAUACACAUGAGGUUAUUGUAUUGAUCGUUUAUUAUUCAGUUUUAUUUUGUUCUUUAUCAUAAUGAAUUGAUCAUUAUUUUGUUGUUGUUGUUGUUGUUUGUUACUUUAUUUAAUUUUUUGUUCAAAUAUGUUAAAUUUAUUCAUUGUUAUCAUGUAAUAAACAUAAUAAUGCACCCAAUAUAUAUUGGCCCCCAAAUGCCUUGGUAUGGCCGAGAGCGGGGUAAGUUCGCCCUCCCUCUCGAAAUACUCUCACAC